AUGGAAGAACAUUUAGCGAUUCAUAUAUUUGCAUGUCCAUUCGAGAAGUGCCGGACAGUAGGAGGACCACCAAAGAGCUUCUCAGCGUUGAAGGCACACGUAAAGAAGUAUCACUCGAUGAGGGAGAAGAUGCGUCCUCUCUUCAUGCCUGUGGAUGCCGCGAUGAGCGGACCGAGUCGGUUGGAGAAGCUGCCAAAUCCUGUCCCAUUCUACAAACUAGGUCAACCUCUCAUUCAUUCAAAAAGGAGAAAAGCCUCAGCCACCUCUGACAAUGAUCAAACCGCUAUUGAUCAAUUAACGCCGUCUUUCUCUCAAGAAGCAAGAAGGCCUAGAGCAGAGCCAUGGAAGGACAAGGAUUAUACCCGAAUUCAAGACGGCACAAGGCUCAGAGAUGCAUAUGCCCUGGACGAUGGACGCAGAUUGGGCAUUCAUGAUACAUGGGAGGUUUCGCUCGCCAACGUUGUACCUCUAAAUACCUCAACAUCUGCAGGCGACCGACCCAAGAAGCAACAUAGACCUGAUCAUCGUGGGAGAAGGUAG